GCUGGGCAAUGAUAGUUUAGUAAUAUUCUAACACCGGAGAGUAGCGUUAGCUAAGUGCGGUAAAAAAAUUAAAAUGUACUGAAAAUUGAUUGAUAUUGUUUUUAAUAACGUAUAAAUAAAAAAAAAUAUUAAUUGAAAUUGUAUUUUGAAAACAAAGAUAGUAAAAUAAUUGGAAAAAAUUGAGUAAGACUUAUUAUUAUGGAGCUUGAAACUGCUGCACCACCUAACCGCGAUGCCGUAGAUAAAGAUAACAAAAACAAGACCGAAUCUGAUGAAUCGGGCAGACCAAAUUGGUCAAAUGGACUAGAGUUUCUUAUGUCCUGUAUAUCAAUGUCGGUGGGCUUGGGAAACGUAUGGCGAUUUCCCUUCACUGCUUACGAAAACGGCGGAGGAGCGUUUCUGAUUCCCUACAUUGUUGUUCUAAUACUGAUUGGAAAACCGAUGUAUUAUUUGGAAAUGAUUCUGGGCCAAUUUACAAGCAGAAGUUCAGUAAAGGUCUGGUCAGUUUGCCCGGCUUUUGUGGGUGUUGGAAUAGGUCAAGCGUACGCAACAAUAGCCAUUAUAACUUAUUACUCAUCUUUGCUAUCAUUGACGCUUUACUAUUUCGUGGUAUCAUUUCAAGCUGUUCUCCCAUGGACUUAUUGCAGAGAUGAAUGGGGUCCACAAUGUGUUCCGUCAAAUGGAAGCAGUAACAACUUUUCUGAUGUCACCGAACAACUACAGACCAGUUCAGAAAUGUACUUUUUAAAGAAUGUGUUAAACGAGAAAAGUGACAUCACUGAUGGAGUUGGUUAUCCCAAUUUAGAUCUAACAGGUACCCUCUUUGUAUCAUGGAUUGUAAUUUUCUUAGUCAUAGCAAAUGGUGUAAAAAGUUCUGGGAAAGCGGCUUACUUCUUAGCCCUGUUUCCUUAUGUAGUUCUAAUUGCUUUGCUUAUUAGAGCUGUAACUUUAGAUGGUGCAGUAGAUGGAAUUAUAUUUUUCUUGAAGCCAAAUUGGUCCGAAUUGGCCAAUCCAAAGGUUUGGAAGGAAGCUGUUGUUCAGUGUUUCUUCUCGUUAGCUGUUGGUAUUGGACCAAUAGUAAUGUUUUCGUCUUACAAUAAAUUUAACUAUGGAAUUUACAGAGAUGCUAUGAUUGUAACGACAUUGGACACAUUUACAAGUAUGUUAGCAGGUAUAACAAUCUUUGGAAUCUUGGGGAAUCUGGCACAUAAUCUAAAUACUGAGAAUAUAUCGGAUGUAGUAAGGGGUGGAACUGGGUUGGCAUUUAUAUCAUAUCCAGAUGCUAUAGCGAAGUUUCAAUUUAUACCACAGUUAUUUGCAGUACUAUUUUUCUUCAUGUUGUUCGUCUUAGGAGUGGGUUCGAUUGUUGCACUGCAAAGCACAAUAGUUACAAUAAUUUGUGAUCGAUUUACUUCGUUAAAAUUUCCAUAUGUGGCCUUUGUAACUUGUCUCCUUGGAUUUUUCUGCAGCAUUGUCUAUGUGACGCCCGGAGGACAAUGGAUUCUGAAUUUGGUUGAUUUCUUUGGUGGAACGUUUGUAGUGUUCGCUUUGGCAAUUUUCGAAAUGGUUGGAAUCGCAUGGAUUUACGGAUUACAAAAUUUCUGUGAUGACGUGGAGUUUAUGAUGGACAAGAAGGUUUCCACUUAUUGGCGGUUAUGUUGGACAGUUUUUACACCCGGUCUUAUGAUCAUUAUAUUUAUAUAUUCUAUGGCUACAUUACAACCAUUAAAAUACAGUGGAUUAGAAUACCCUGAAUCUGCGACAAUUGCUGGAUGGACUAUAUUAGCAAUUGGAUUUGCACAAUUUCCCUUAUGGUUCAUUUGGGUUGCAUCUCAACACAGAGCUAGUAAUCCGUGGCUGACAUUAAGAACUAUAAUGAAACCUACUGAUGAUUGGGGACCACUUGAUCCAGAAGUGAGAACAAGUUGGAUUCUUUUUAAAUAUGAAUUGGCGGAGAGUAGAAGAAAAACAAAUGAUAAUAACAAGAUCAGUUUCUUUUGGCAAAAAAUAAAUAACCUAUUGGGUUAGGUUCUAUACAAAUAAGUUCCCAGACUGAAAAAUUAGAUUUUAGAUUAAACUAGUUUUUUAUAACGAACCUAACUAUGUUAAAUUUAAGCAUACAACACAAAUGUUCUAAAUCCUUUUAAGCUUAAAAUUCAAAUAAACAAUUAUAAAAAAAGAA